GCUCUUUGCACCAGUGUCCCGCAGGAUAAACCAGCCCUGAUGGAGGCGUUGGAGAGAACCGAGGUCUACGAGUACAUGCUGUCUCUGACCUCAGGCUUCGGCCAGCCGAGCUUCCAGGGUUUUAAAGUGCUUUAUGCCUUUGAGCAGCACGAGCUCGGACAUUCUGCUCAGUCGCUGCAGUACUGCGAGACCAUCGCAGCAGAAGUCUUCCGAUGUCCUUUACGUGCCAAUUCCGACUUGAUAAGCACGCUCAGGACGCUCACCAAUGCACUGCUCGUGGAGACGACGCAAGACGAACUGGAGUGGCCGAAAAAACUUCAGCUGCUGGAUGAGUCUCAGGGUUUCGCUCUGCUCCAGUUCCACCUUUCACAAUACAGUGAAUUUGAUUCAUGCUACACUAUGAAAGAGCUGCUAGGGGAAGGUGGAUAUGGUGCCGUCUACGCUGGAGUCCGCAAAGAAGACGGAAGACAGGUGGCCGUUAAAUGUUUAGACAAAGAUGUCUGCAAAAAAAUCAUCACCAUCCCUGGAGAGACACGAAGCCUCCCUCUGGAGGUGGCGUUAAUGGAAAUGAUGUCCAAGCCUUACUGUGAGAAGGUGGUGGAACUGCUGGAUUGGUUUGAGACGUCCGAGAUCUUUGUCCUGGUGAUGGAGCGACCUGACCCCUGCAUGGACCUUUAUAAGUUCUCUAAACAGUCCGAUGGUCAACUGUCUGAAGACGUGUCUCAGACCAUCAUGAAGCAGGUGGUUCAGGCUGUUUGUCUCUGCUGCGAUCGUGGAGUUCUUCACCGUGACAUCAAGCCUGAGAAUGUUCUCAUAAAUCAGCAGACUCUGGAGGUGAAGCUGAUUGACUUUGGCUGUGGUGACCUGCUCACGGACGAGGUCUACACCGAAUUCAGAGGCACUAUAUAUUACUGUCCUCCUGAAUGGAUUCUGUACAAGAAGUAUCUUGGAGUUUCUGCCACCGUAUGGAGUCUGGGGGUUCUCCUGUAUGAGCUGGUCUGUGGGCGCUUGCCCUUUAAUACCGGCGAGAAGAUUGCUGAAGGGAAGCUGAAGUUCCCUCGUCGUCUAUCUGAUGAGUGCUGCAUGCUGAUCAGGUGGUGCCUGGAACACCACCCUGAAAAUCGACCAACGUUCCAGGAGAUACUGAACCACAGGUGGUUUAUGGGGGAACUUCAGGACAUGGACCAUGUGAGACAGGUGGAAUAAAACCAAGCCAAUGACACAGAGCUGGAAGUGUGUAAAUAGUCUAGAGCUCAGCACAAGUACUGAAUCACUACUGACUUCUGGAAAACAGAUGACUUUACUGAUAGAAUGAUGUAAAAUACAUGAAGAAAAAAAGUUUUGAUAAAAUGGUUUGGUAUAAUUACAGGUGAAAAAUAGUUUCUGCCUCCUUUUUACAAAAACAUCAUAAGGGCGAGAACCCUUCUUUAAACUUGCUAAUAAAAUCAUUACAUGGGUAUUAUCUAUGCAUUAUUUUAAAAUGAAUUUAUUGGGAAUGACAUAUUUAUUCAUAUCUGACCAUGGAUUCUGAGUGAAGGAUCCACUUCACCAUCUCCUUAGGAAGAACACUUUUUUCUUUAGUUAUAUUUCUCUAAUAUAAAAGUUAUUGAUUUUUUUUAUAUCCCUGAUAGAAAGACCCCCAGCAGGAAGAUCUGGAAGAGAAGCAGU